UGUCCUGCUUCCUCAGCCAUGAUCGCCAAACAGCAGUGUGUCCGGGGCGGGUCCCGGGGCUUCAGCUGUGGCUCAGCCAUUGUUGGUGGGGGCAAGAGGGUUGCCUUCAGCUCUGGCUCCGUGUCUGGAGGUGCAGGCCGCUGCUCCUCUGGGGGCUUCGGCAGCAGGAGCCUCUACAACCUUGGCGGCCACAAGAGCAUCUCUCUCAGUGUGGCCGGGUCUCGCCAAGGUGCUGGGGGUGCUGGGGGCUUUGGUGCUGGGGGCUUUGGUGCUGGUGGCUUUGGAGCUGGUGGCUUUGGAAGUGGAUUUGGUUGGGGUGGUUCUGGCCUCGCUGCCUGCCCUGCUGGGGGGAUUCAGGAGGUCACCAUCAACCAGAGCUUGCUGACCCCACUCCACGUGGAGAUAGACCCCGAGAUCCAGAAAGUGCGCACCGAGGAGCGCGAGCAGAUCAAGACCCUCAACAACAAGUUCGCUUCCUUCAUCGACAAGGUGCGGUUCUUAGAGCAACAGAAUAAGGUCCUGGUGACCAAAUGGAACCUCCUGCAGCAGCAGACGACCACCACAUCCAGCAAAAACCUCGAUCCCUUCUUUGAGACGUACAUCAAUGCCCUCAGGAAGCAGCUGGAUACCUUGGCCAAUGAAAAAGGGCGCCUGCAGUCGGAGCUGAAGGUCAUGCAGGACAGUGUGGAGGACUUCAAGACCAAAUAUGAAGAUGAGAUCAACAAACGCACAACGGCAGAGAAUGACUUCGUGGUCCUCAAGAAGGAUGUGGACGCUGCCUACAUGACCAAGGUGGAGCUGGAGGCCAAGGUGGAUGGCCUGAAUGAUGAGAUCAACUUCCUGAGGGUCCUCUUCGAGGCGGAGCUGUCCCAGAUCCAGAGCCAUGUCAGUGACACUUCCGUGGUCCUCUCCAUGGACAACAACCGCAACCUGGACCUGGACAGCAUCAUUGCUGAGGUCCGUGCCCAGUAUGAGGAUAUUGCCCAGAGGAGCAAGGCUGAGGCCGAGGCCCUGUACCAGGUCAAGGUCCAGCAGCUCCAGAACUCAGUUGAUCAACAUGGUGACAACCUGAAGAACACCAAGAACGAGAUCUCAGAGCUCAACAGGCUGAUCCAGAGGCUGCGGGCAGAGAUUGAGAAUGUCAAGAAGCAGUGCCAGACUCUGCAGGCGUCUGUGGCAGACGCAGAGCAGCGUGGGGAGCUGGCGCUCAAAGAUGCCUACACCAAGCGCACAGAGCUGGAGACUGCCCUGCAGAAGGCCAAGGAGGAGCUGGCCCGGAUGCUGCGCGAGUACCAGGAGCUCCUGAGCGUGAAGCUGGCCCUGGAUAUUGAGAUUGCCACCUACCGCAAGCUGCUGGAGGGCGAGGAGUGCAGGAUGUCUGGAGAAUGCCAGAGUGCUGUGAGCAUCUCCGUGGUCGGUGGUAGCUCCAGUAUUGGAGGCAUCAGUGGAGGAUUCGGCGGAAGCUGCUCUGGAAUUAGCCUGGGUAGUGGUUUUGGCUCCUGCUCUGGAGGUGGCUUUGGGUUUGGCAGCGGUGUCUGCGGUAGUUCCGGCAGCAAGAUCAUCUCUACUACCACCCUGGGCAAGAAACCCCGAUAAGAGGAGACAAGGUCCUUGCUGGCAACCAAAUGCCACCUGGCCCAGGCCUGCGGUCCCUGUGCUUCCUUUACUUCAUCUCCACCUUCCCUUUCUGGUGUUCACCCUGAUGCUGUCACCUCGACUCUCUUCUGGGAUCUCUGCUCCAGGACCAUCUUGUCUGGAAUGUGGAUUCUGUCCUCUUGGAGUUCGGUGGCUUCUUUUUGACUUGGGCCUGGUGACUCACCUCCAGUGGAGGGGGUCUCAGCUUUCACCUCCCAUGGACAGAGGAGAAAAUGACCAGGAGCUCCCUCUCCAGAAUUGUCAGGGCCACACAUUUCUUCCCAGCUCAACACUGUUGCCCACCCGAUUCUGGAUAUCCAGCUACAAGAGAACCAAACUCACUCUCCAUCACCCGGCAGCAACAGGCUCUGCAAGGUUAAGACAAGAACUGCUCGGGUCCCAUUCAACUCUUCUCAUUCUUAACUAUCUGCAGGUGAAUCUUCAAUAAAAUGCUUUUGUCAUUCA